AACAAUGGAGUGCAGUCUGUGUGGGGAUGUGGGCUUCCAGAUCUAUCUAUUCCAAUGCACAAAAUGCUUAACUCGUUUCCAGCAUCAAUAUUGCAGCAGAGCAUAUUAUGAGAAUGUAUCAGUUGAGAGUAUCAAUAAAGUGUGUGACUGGUGCUUCACUAUUCAAGAGGAGGAUGCAGGCUCUGAUUUUGGAAGAGUAAGAAGUACUGCUGGGUUUCGAGAGCGUAGAAACAUGACCUACAAAAGAAAAGGCAACAAAAUAUUGAGAAAACCUUGCGUUGGAAUUGAUGGACAGUUAUUCAAAUUGCUGAAAGAAAAGGAAAGGCCUGAAUCAACCGAGAGUAUGGAAAGAAAAAACAGGAAGAGAUAUAAGCUUCUUGAUGAAAUUCUCUGUUGAUUGGAAAAGUUCUCAAUCCAGGGAAACUAUUUCUCGAUGGGAUGAUGUAGAAGUCCUCUGGAAGUAACUAUUUUGUUUAUG